AUGCAGUUACUACUGCCGCUCACCGCCGUGGUUUUGGCCACCACCUCAACAUUUGCGCAGGUUAUCCAAGAUCAGCUGCAUGACCAGAUGAAGCUGAUCCCGGACACUACAACCUCUUCCCCGCCCCCGAUCAAAACAGGGGUCGGUCAUUUCAGCGAGUGGUCUCGUGAGAAUAAGCGCCAGUUUCUGAUUGACUGGCAGCAAGGAAGGUCGUCGGAAUGGACUCUAGUCCAGGGCAAUGAAGGUGGCGACCUGGACUCUAUGACGGCUGCCCUCACCUGGGCCUACCAUUUGCAGCAUUCUACUCAGAACACGCCCAACCCCAUCAAGGCCAUUGCACUGCUACAGACUCCUACUGAUGCGCUUGACCUGCGCCCCGAGAACAAGGUGGCUCUGCACAACUCCCAGAUGAGAUCCGGCCACUCUGAUCUCCUGACCAUCAACGAGUUGCCUGAAGAUCCUCAGACAUUGGCUCGGGAUAUCAAAGGCAUCGUCAUUGUAGACCAUGCCGUACCCCUGCGCAAGUGGAGCAACGCCCCCAUCCUGAGCAUCUUUGAUCACCACAAGGACCAGGGUGCAGGUCCCGAUGCGAAGCCGCGCAUUUUCGAGGCGGUGGCCAGCUGCACCACCCUCGUCGCCCGCCAGAUGCUUGAUGAGCUUGAGGCGCUCCCGGAGGAGUACCACCUUCCCCAUGAACUUCUGGAGCUCAUCUUGGGUGCGAUAUCCAUUGAUUCCAGCGGCCUGCGCGAUGCCACGGAGGAGGACCGCAAAGUAGCCCAGCGAGUCUUGGAGAGGAGUAACUGGCGCAAGUCUAAGCUUGAUAAGAAGAUGGAGGACCUUGAUGACGAGCUCGGAAAAGCCAAGAAAGACAUCGACGGGCUUGGUGUCCGUGAUCUUCUUAGAAGAGACUGGAAGGGCGACUUGGUCAACACAUCUUCCCAAGAUACUCGCGCAGUCAGUCUGGGUUUCUCGUCAAUCCCAUACUCCCUCGAUGAGCAGAUUGAAAAGACUGGUUUCAAAGAGCUGUUCGACUGGUUCGCUGUUGAAGCUGCGUGGACCGCCCAAGUUGGUGCUGACAUUAGCGUCGCGCUUAACAAAUACAAGACCAAGGAAGGGAAGAAGAAGCAGAAGGUCAGAGAGAUUGUCCUCUGUGUGCGGAGUGAUGUCCGUAUCGAUGAGGAUAAAGCAGACGGCCUUUUUCAAACCAUCAAGACUGCAAUUGAGAAUGAUGAGAGUCUAAAUGCUAAGCCUUGGCACCGGGUUGAUGAACUUGGCAAGCGCCAGAUGGCAUGGACGCAUGAUCUCGAGGAUGCUGGUAGGAAAGUGAUCCGACCUAUCAUUGAAGCUGCCGUUGCUGCAUGGACCUAG